CAUGCCCAUGACACUGGGUUACUGGGAUAUCCAUGGGUUGUGCCACGCCAUCUGCCUGUUCUUGGAAUACACUGAUUCAAGCUAUGAGGAGAAGAGAUACACCAUUGGGAAUGCUCCCGACUUUGACCGAAGCCAGUGGCUGAAUGACAAAUUCAAGCUGGGCCUGGACUUUCCCAACCUGCCCUGCUUAAUUGAUGAAUCAACCAAGAUCACUCAGAGCAACGCCAUCCUGCGCUACCUUGCACGCAAAUACCACCUGUGUGGGGAGACAGAGGAGGAGGGGAUUCAUAUUGACAUUUUAGACAACCAGGUCAUGGAUACCCGCUUCCAGCUUGCGAUGGUCUGUUACAGCCCUGAGUUUGAGAAAGAGAGGCCAGAGUAUUUAAAGGGUCUUCCUGAGAAGAUGAAGCUCUACUCGGAGUUCCUGGGCAAGCGGCCAUGGUUUGCAGGGGACAAGAUCACCUAUGUGGAUUUCCUCGCUUAUAAUAUUCUUGACCAGCAACAAAUGUUUGAACUGAAAUGCUUGGAUGCCUUCCCCAACCUGAAGGACUUUGUGGCCCACUUUGAGGCCCUGAAGAAGAUCUCUGCCUACAUGAAGUCCAGCCACUUCCUUGCAGGCCCCAUGUAUUUGAAGAUAGCUAUGUGGGGUAGCAAGUAG